AUGUGUUGGGGUGUUGAAACAAUCUGGAAUUGCACUUUAUGUCGCUGUAAAACUGCUGACGCUGUGAUCAAUUGGCAAGGCUGCCAUCUCGAGGCUUCCUCGGAAGUGGACUCCUUCCCAAUUUGUCCGGCACCAGUUGUUACCCAGGAACAUCAGCGCCGCGAUUGCCACUCAUGUCUCAUGGAGGCCAACGACGGCGGCAACCCUGACGAUAUGUUUCCUGAACCUUUCGACCACCCCGGCUUCCCUCUUCCUAAACCUCAGAUCAAUGUAAGUGGGAUCGAGCUCCCAGAACCGACAGCUUAUGAGACAAUCCAGGAAAUAGAGAACCUCGCGGGUGAUGAUCUGCCUAGUUACGAUCAGGCGAUCAACGAGCUACCCAGUCCGCCUUCUUAUGAGCUGCUUGUGGUGCAACACGCGGCAGACUACGAACAUGUUGUCACAGAGGCAGUCUACACUCAGGCAGUGGAGCGUCACCAGGGGCUCAUGAAGGUUGCUCAAAAGCGUAGACAAGACAUUCGUGAGUUCCAAAACAAGGUCCCGCGGCACGCUGUUCACAUUGAAGCCCUAUUGGACCUUGCUUACGAAAGGAUCGAGACCCUCCUUUUCGAACAGGAGCAAACAAUUUCUCGCAUAAGCUUACUGCAAAGGCUUCUCGAGUCCAUCAUCAAGAAAGUCGUCAGCAUUGGAGGCUCGUGUUAUCCUAGUCCCUCAGAGAUGACUCUGCUCAAGUACAGAGGUGAAGCUAUCAUAAGAGAACUAGAAGAAAAACACAUUCAGCGCUUUAUGCUCGCAACCCCUGAAGAAUGGGAUUCGAGGAUAGGAGAGCUGCUGAAACAUAUCGCUAACGAAUGGCGUGAGACUCUUUAUGCUAACAUUGAGGAGCUGUUGAGGGUGGGAGAGUCGAGGGCUUCAUCGAAUGCUGCCUGUGCAAACACUUCGUCAAUUUGA